AGUCCAGUGUCAGGGUCUAGGCUGCCUUCAGGACUGCUCGCUGCAAUGUGAUGGCAUAAUGCGGGUGGAGAGAGAGAAAUUGAAAAACAAUGACUGACUGAAAAAAGGAAACAUGCAGGAGGAGGAGGAGCAGGCCAGAACUCUCCACCCCAGGAACAGGAUGUAAGAAGCAGCCUAGCCAGAGGUUUCCUCUCCUCUGGGGGCACCUUGCUGCUGUUACUGAACCUAUUAAGCAACUUGAAGCUGGUUUCAGAAUGGAGGAAUCUUGCCUGCAGCCAGGAGAGCAUGGGAUCUCUCUCAUGACAUCAGACUCAAUAACACCUCCGAGAGCAACAAAUGAUGUCACUGACAAUCUUUGUUUAAUCUGAACAAAAUUGAAGAGGAUUAUUGGAAGCAGAGCCCCUUGCCUGAGUGCCACAGGAGCUAACUUCUGCCAACAAUUGAGUCACUCACACCAAAAGCCUUUAUCCAAAAUCUCUGCUUGGCCAACAUAGGAAAGACGUGAAUCAGAGGGAAGGUACCAGGACGAUACGAUGACCUCCCCAAACACAACCACCCCCAGCGAUGCCCUUUUUCCAAACCCAGCUUCUCAGGCAAACUGGUGCCCUCCUGCCUGCGCCUUCCCUCAUUCCACUGCCCAACACAUAAGUCACCGUGCUAACAAUUACAAGCGGCAUCCAAAGAGAAGGAAGUUCAUCCGGCCUUCCCCCCCUCCUCCUCCCAAUACCCCCAUUCCCAUUGAGCUUAUUGACUUCAGUGACAUCCCGCCACGACACUCCUUCUGGGAACUGCUUUUCAACGGAUGCAUUCUGUUUGGAAUUGAGUUCAGCUAUGCAAUGGAGACAGCUUAUGUCACCCCUGUCCUCCUACAGAUGGGUUUACCAGAUGAAUUGUACAGCAUGGUUUGGUUCAUCAGUCCCAUAUUAGGGUUCCUGGUUCAGCCUGUAUUGGGUGCCUGGAGUGACAGCUGCUGUUCUCCUUUUGGCCGACGCAGACCCUUCAUCCUGGUUCUGGCAAUCGGUGCACUGAUUGGCCUCUCACUACUACUCAAUGGUCAAGACAUUGGUCUUGCUGUUGCUGACACAGUUACUAAUCACAAGUGGGGCAUCAUUCUGACUAUCUGUGGUGUGGUAUUAAUGGAUUUUAGUGCUGACUCAGCAGACAACCCAAGCCAUGCCUACAUGAUGGACGUCUGCUGCCCAGAGGAUCAGGACCGAGGCCUGAAUAUCCAUGCACUCCUGGCAGGUCUGGGAGGAGGAUUCGGUUACAUCAUUGGUGGGAUCAAGUGGGACCAGACAAAUUUUGGAAAAGUGUUAGGAGGUCAGCUUCGGGUUAUAUACAUUUUCACUGCAGUAAUAUUGACCAUAACUACCAUCCUGACACUAACCAGUAUCCCAGAAAAGCGGCUGAACCCACAGGGAAGAAGGAAGAAAGUGAUGAAGAGUCCCAGUCUUGCUCUACCUCCCUCUCCACCGAUGGUGUUGGAAGAAGGUGGAGGCCAGACUGCCAGUCAGAAUGCCACUCGGAUGUACACCAGCAUGACCAGUCCCAUUUCCCCACUGAGCCCCCUGACCCCCAAAUAUGGGAGCUUCCUGAGCCGUGACAGCUCUCUGACUGGGAUUAAUGAGUUUGCCUCAUCCUAUGGGACCUCCUACAUUGACACUGUCCUCAUUGACUGCUACAUAGGGGCCAAUGAUCAAUAUAUCAGCUUCCCCAGACACACACUGAGUGCGAGUCUUCCCCGGAUACCUGAUGAGGUGGAAAAUGAGGAAAUGGAACCCUCAGUGAUCACUGAGAAUCCAGGGAGUCUGCAGGAUGCCUCACUUGAUGCCACGAGAAACCCAGCAUCAGGAAUUCUCAAAAGACCCGAAACUUUGAGUAUUCCAAACAGCUACCUUGGAAACAGUGGUGACAACAGUCGAAGGAGGACAGUGACCUUCAGUCAACAGGUUGCCAAUAUAUUGCUGAAUGGAGUGAAAUAUGAAACUGACUUGAAUGGAUCAGGGGAAUUAUCGGAAAGACCUCUCUCCAUAUCUUUCUUGUUCUCAUCGAUCUGUCACAUGCCAAAACCAUUGCGGAAUCUGUGUGUCAAUCACUUCUUAGGCUGGCUCUCCUUUGAAGGCAUGCUGCUGUUUUACACUGACUUCAUGGGGGAGGUAGUGUAUGGUGGUGACCCAAAGGCCCCUCAUGACUCAGAAGCAUUUCAGAAAUAUAAUGCGGGAGUGAGCGUGGGCUGCUGGGGUAUGUGCGUCUACGCAUUCAGUGCUGCUUUUUACUCAGCACUCCUGGAGAAACUGGAGGAAUACUUCAGUGUCCGAACACUCUACUUCUUCGGCUAUCUAUCGUUUGGGAUUGGCACUGGCAUAGCUACUCUGUCCAGGAACAGCUAUGUGCUUUUAUCGCUCUGUGUCACAUAUGGACUGCUGUUUUCUUCACUCUGCACUCUACCCUACUCGCUGCUCUGUGAAUACUACCAGAGCAAAAAGUUUGUAGGACCAAAUGCGAAUGGGACCAAGCGGGGGAUGGGUGUGGACAUUUCACUGCUGAGCUGCCAGUACUUCCUUGCACAGAUCAUCGUUUCCAUAGUGAUGGGACCACUCACAUCAGUUGUGGGCAGUGCCAAUGGCGUGAUGUACUUUGCCAGCCUGACCUCCUUCAUCGGGUGCUUGUACUCUUCUCUGUUUGUGAUUUAUGACAUCCCUCCUGAUGAUAAUGGUGAGGAGCAGACUCCCCUCCUCAUGAAUGUCUGACAUAGCAAAUUCCACUUUCAAUCUGUUCAAGGAACUGACUCCCGAGAAUAAGCCACUGGACAUUUGCACUUUUCCCAAGAUCCCACAACAUUGAGUCAUCAUUAUUCAAACAGGAACAGAAACAACGAAGACUAAUUCCUCUUUUUUUUCUAAUUGGUGCUGGUACCUCAGAUAUAAAUAUAUAUAAAAUAUAUAAAUAACAAAGAUGUUGACUAGUUCAAUAGUGCGAGUAAAGUGCAUGGUUUGCAAGUGAUCCGGUUCUACUCCAUUCAGACAAGUGACUGAUGCACAACGGGAAGCCUCAACCACAUGUUGGUCAUCUAGGAGAAGCCUUGCUUGCAACAUGCAGCCAACCAAGAAUUGAAAUGGCAGUAUGUGUCCGUUUCAAUUCCAGCCUUAAAGACAUCUCUCCAUUUCUCCAGGUGAUCACUAUGGAAGAUGCUAAGGCUUUGUUCAAGUUCAAAAGUGAAAUGUUCCCAACAGGAAGAAUACAGUGGUUCACUGGCGCGGCAAGGUACUACAAAUAUCAUAAACGACCCUCAGAAAAUUCCAGCCGGCAGUUUUCUCCAAUGUUUGGCCAUGGUUUGUUCAAGGACUCAGUGUACCUCCCCUACAGUGUCAACUCAAUCAUGAAACCACCCAGUGAAACUGUGCUCUAAUUUCAUAACAACAUUCAUGGAAAACUCAAAAUCUAUCCAGUAACUCACCACAAGCACAUGGAAUAGGAGAGUUCCACGUUGCAUCUAUAGUCUUCCUUCCAGCUGGGUGGCAACAACAUUUGUAAAUGGCUUCAGUGAUAUGGGUCAGGGAAAUCAGCCUUGCCUACCACUUUAUAAGUUAUCCAGCAACUUUCUGUUUUAUUCAUUCAUGGGGUGUGGACUUUGCUGGCUAGGCCGGCAUUUAUUUCUCAUUCCAAAUUACCUUGAGAAGGUAGUGGUGAGCUGUUUUCUUGAACUGCUGCAGUCAUUGGGGUGUAGGAACACCCAGAGCUGUUGGGAGGGAGUUCCAGGAUUUUGAUCCAACAAUAGUGAAGGAACAGCCAUAUAGCUCCAAGUCAGAUUGGUAUGUUGUUCAGGGGGGUAGAUUACAACUGGUUGUGUUUUCUUGUGUUCACUGCCUUUGUCCUUCUGAUUGGUAAACGUUGCAAGUUGGAAGCUGCCGUCAGAGGACGGGUCAGCAGACAUAUAUGGCAGUGGCUGAAGACAGAGGAAGUGCUGUCCUUUGCGACCAAGGAGUCUUUAACAUCGCAGAUGUCUCACAAGUUGCUCCAAAAACAUUUACUACCAUAUGCAGUAAUUAUUUGAGUGAUGCAUGGGAGAGAACCUAUAGUAUAAAUUUAGGAGGGUACGACAUGUUCAUCAUAACUUAUCUCCACACUUACUGGCAUUAUUAAAGUUUUGAUGGUUAAACAAGUUGCCUGAAUUUUCAGAAGAAGCAUUACUUCAAGUACAUUGACAGCACAUUAUAUAUAUUACUGUAUGUGCAUACAGGCAAAGAUUUUGUGUGUAUGUACCAGGGAAUUGUAACAUGGUUAGAUAAAGAGUAAAGCUUCCAAUCCACCGCCCCAUCAGAUACUCACAGGUUAAGUACAGAUAGCUUCCUGCUGAGGCUAUAGUAAUUAUUUUCAUUGAGCAUUACUAUACUCAAUCCCUCUCAGUACUUCCCCUUUUCUGGUGCAGUGAGUAGAAUCUAAGCAGCACAGUUUUGAAAACAUAACAACAUUUAUUGCCUCCCCCCUAUAGAACUUGCUUUGGGUAACAAGGCAACUGAAGAACAUGAAAUACACGUUCUCUAAAGCUUGAUGGGUAAACAUGCCCGUAUGAAAUCAUGAUGGGGAAAACUCAUUGAAUUAUUUCACUUGAGCUCUGUGUUUGCAUCAAAAUCACCGGACUUCAGGAAUAACCACUGUCCUGUGCAGAGCAAAAAUACUUCUGUUUACCAAAUCAACCUUCACAUUUUGAAUGAGAGAGAAAGGUCUGUCAUCAAAUGUAUGAACACUGCUCACCAGUUAGAAAGGAACCAAAUGCACUUGUAAAAUGUAUUUGACUUGAAUAUGAAUGACACAGUAAGUACCUUGGUUUAAAAAAUA